AUGACGCGCCCCGAGCACCUGCCCGAGGAUCUGACCCUCGUGGCCCUCGGCCAGAAGGCCGACGGGAUGAACGCCGCCCUGGCGGACGAUCUGCCAGUGGCCUUCGCCCCGGACGACCUGGAUGCCCUCCUGGCGGAUGUGCUGAGCCGGACAUCGGUGGCCCUUCCGCAGGACCUCCGCCGCUCGCUGGUCCUACGCAUGGCCACCACGGCGGACCUCGAAUCGACUGUGCUCUGA